GAGCAGCUCGCGGAGCAGCCUGGGUAUCGGCCAAGUGCAGGCGGCAGCUGCUUCAUCGAGAAAACAGGCCCGAUCCGAGGGAGAGAGAAUUUGAGUAUUUAUUAUGGAUGUAGAAGGUUUCGGCGAAUUGUUACAGCAAGCUGAGCAGCUUGCAGCAGAAACUGAAGGGGUGUCUGAGCUUCCACAUGUAGAAAGAAACCUGCAGGAGAUUCAGCAGGCUGGAGAGGUCUUGCGAUCAAGGACCUUGACACGCACCUCACAGGAAACAGCAGAUGUCAAAGCGUCCAUUCUACUGAGUUCUAAAGGAUUAGAUAUCUCUCACAUUUCUCAACGAUUGGAAAGUCUCAGUGCAGCUACGACUUUUGAGCCUCUUGAACCAGUGAAGGACACAGAUAUACAGGGUUUUCUGAAGAAUGAGCGUGAUAAUGCACUGCUGUCAGCUAUUGAAGAGUCCCGGAAGAGGACAUUUGCAAUGGCAGAGAAGUAUCACUGGGAGUCCAUGCUGGUGGAAUGGGAACAUGAAAAACAGAAGAUCCUCCAUACGCUUCUGACAUCAGGGGAGGAUGCUCUUGAUUUCACUCAGGAAGCAGAGCCAAGUUUUGUCAGUGAAAUGGGACCACCAGGACGGAGUGCAAUGGACAGUGUGGAAGUGGCAUAUGCUCGGCAGAUCUAUAUAUAUAAUGAGAAGGUGGUGAAUGGACAUCUACAGCCGAACUUAGGGGACCUUUGCAGCACUGUAGCUGAGUCUUUGGAUGACAAGAAUGUCUCUGAACUGUGGGCAAUGGUGAAGCAGAUGACUGAUGUGCUGUUGGUACCUGCUGCUGAUGCACUGAAGAGCCGUACUAGUUUGGAAAUGCAAAUGGCAUUUGUAAGGCAGGGGCUAAAUUUUCUGGAACAGAGCUACAAGAACUAUGUAAUGGCAACUGUCUAUGGAAACCUCCACCAGGCUCAAUUAGGUGGCGUACCUGGAACUUACCAAUUAGUCCGUAGCUUUCUUAAUAUUAAACUGCCAGCUCCCUUGCAAGGGCUCCAGGACGGUGAGGUUGAAGGCCAACCAGUCUGGGCUCUCAUCUACUACUGUUUACGUUGCGGAGACUUAAUGGCAGCGCUGCAGGUGGUGAACCGCGCACAGCAUCAGCUGGGGGAGUUUAGCAACUGGUUCCAAGAGUACGUUCAGGGUGAUGACCGGAGGUUGCCUCCUACAACAGAGAAUAAACUGCGCCUACACUACCGACGUGCUCUGCGAAACAGCACAGAUCCAUAUAAAAGAGCAGUCUACUGUCUGAUUGGUCGAUGUGAUGUUACUGACAACCACAGUGAAAUAGCUGAUAAAACAGACGACUAUCUCUGGUUAAAGCUGAAUCAAGUAUGUUUUGAUGAUGAUGGUAGCAGCUCUCCUCAGGACAGGCAAACGCUGCCACAGUUGCAGAUCCAGCUGCUGGAAGAAUAUGGUGAAACACACUUUGCAGCCAACCGGCAUCCUUUCCUGUACUUCCAAGUCCUUUUCCUUACAGCCCAAUUUGAGGCAGCUAUUGCCUUUCUCUUCCGCAUGGAACGACUGCGUUGUCAUGCAGUGCAUGUGGCCCUGGUUCUUUACGAGUUAAAACUUCUUCUGAAAUCGUCUGCCCAAAGUGCACAGCUGUUGAGUCAGGACAGCACUGACCCCCGUCCAAUACGACGCCUUAAUUUCAUCCGCUUGCUAAUGCUGUACACCAGAAAGUUUGAACCUACUGAUCCCAGGGAAGCGCUCCAAUAUUUCUAUUUCCUCAGGAAUGAGAAAGACAGUCAAGGAGAAAACAUGUUCAUGAGAUGUGUCAGUGAACUUGUCAUUGAAAGUCGAGAGUUUGACAUGCUGCUUGGCCGAUUAGAAAAGGAUGGCAGUAGAAAGCCUGGUGUAAUUGACAAGUUUGCUGGUGACACAAGAGCUGUUAUCAGUAAAGUAGCUACCGUGGCUGAAAAUAAAGGCCUAUUUGAGGAGGCUGUGAAGCUUUAUGACCUAGCCCAGAAUCCUGACAAAGUCUUGGAGCUGAUGAACAAACUGUUGAGCCCUGUGAUACCACAGAUAAGUGCACCCCAGUCUAAUAAAGAACGAUUGAAAAACAUGGCACUCGCAGUAGCUGAGCGGUAUCGGAAUCGGGGUGUUGCUGCAGAGAAGUCAGUUGACAGCACUUUCUACCUUCUUCUGGACCUAAUUACUUUUUUUGAUGAAUACCAUUCUGGCAAUAUCGAUAGAGCAAUCGACGUCAUGGAGAGACUGAAACUCGUGCCACUCAGUCAGGAAUGUGUUGAGGAGAGAGUGGCAGCUUUCAGAAAUUUCAGCGAUGAGAUUCGACAUAACUUGUCGGAAGUGCUGCUUGCCACCAUGAAUAUUCUGUAUACCCAGUACAAGAGACUGAAGGGCACAAGCCCAGCCACCCCAACCAGACCUCAGCGUGCGGUGGAGGAUAGAGACUUGCAACUCAGAAGCCAGGCACGUGCGCUGAUCACAUUUGCUGGAAUGAUACCAUACAGAAUGGCUGGUGAUACUAAUGCACGCCUAGUACAGAUGGAAGUUCUCAUGAACUGAGAAUUGUUGGGAAUUCUAACACUGGAGCAGUAAUCCGGUGGUGUAAUAAUAGAUUUUUAUAUUCAGAAUUUUCUUUUGUAUUUUUCAAAUUGGAAAUAAAAUUAUCUUUCCUGCUUUUGAUUUUUGGAA